UCUAAAUUGGAUUCGUUUGCGAAAGAGUCGGAUGCAAUGCGAUAUAUAGCUCUUAUAGCAGCUGUGCUAGUGAUUAGCUCAUGUCCAGCGGAGGCUAAGUGUGGCUAUGAGGCCUGUCCAGCCAGCAAGCCGAAUAUGAUUAAUGUGCACUUGGUGCCCCACUCUCACGACGAUGUCGGCUGGCUGAAGACUGUGGACCAGUACUAUUACGGGGCAAAGAACAAUAUACAGCAUGCGGGUGUACAGUAUAUACUCGAUUCGGUGAUUGUGGAGCUCUGGAAGAACCCCGACCGACGUUUCAUACAGGUGGAGACGGCCUUCUUCUGGAAGUGGUUUCAGGAGCAAUCCGAUUUUGUGAAGGAAAAGGUUAAGGAAUUGGUGAAUGCAGGACGCUUGGAGUUCAUUGGAGGUGCCUGGAGCAUGAAUGACGAGGCUGCGGUGCACUAUCAAAGUGUUAUCGAUCAGUUUUCAUUGGGUUUAAAGCUGCUCAAUGAUACCUUUGGCUCCUGUGCGCGUCCACGCGUCGGCUGGCAAAUCGAUCCAUUUGGCCAUUCCCGUGAGAUGGCCUCGAUCUUUGCCCAGAUGGGCUACAGCGGCGAGUUCUUUGCCCGCAUGGAUUAUGUGGAGAAGAGCAAAAGGCUGGACGAUGUGGCCAUGGAGAUGAUUUGGCAGUCGAGUGAAUCCUUGGCUGAUUCGGACAUCUUUACCGGACUGCUCUAUCGUCAUUAUUCAGCUCCGCCCGGCUUCUGCUUCGAUUUGCUCUGCAGCGAUGAGCCCAUUAUUGACAGCAAGAGCUACGACAACAAUGUCAAGGCCCGAGUAGACGACUUUAUAAGCUAUGUGAAGAAGAUGUCCAAUUCGUUCCGGGCUACGCAUAUUAUGGUGCCCAUGGGCGACGACUUUCAGUACGAGGACGCCGAAAUCAAUUUCAAGAACAUGGACAAGCUUAUCAAAUACGUGAAUGCGCGUCAAGUGGAGGGGUCCAAGGUGAAUGUUUUCUAUUCGACGCCUUCGUGCUAUCUGAAUGAGCUGCACCAAAUGCAGCUGACGUGGCCAGUGAAGAAGCUGGAUUUCUUUCCCUACUCGAGUGAUGCGCAUUCCUAUUGGACGGGCUACUUUACCUCGCGUCCCACUCAGAAGCGUUUCGAGCGGGAUGGCAAUCAUUUGCUGCAGACGGUCAAGCAGCUGAGCGCCUUCGCCAAGCUGAUCAGCCAAGAGCAAACGGAGGAUUUGGAUGCAUUGCGUCAGGUGAUGGGCAUAAUGCAGCAUCACGAUGCCAUCACAGGCACCGAGAAACAGGCAGUUGCCCGUGACUAUGAUCGUCUGCUCACCGAUGCCAUGGUGGAUGCCCAGGAUAACGCUCGGGAUGCACUUAGAGUGCUCACGAAUCUGACCUCGGGCCAGUUUGAUAGCUGCUUGGAGCUAAACAUCAGCGUGUGUGCCUUUACCAAAGAUAGUGCCAACAACGUCGUUGUGACUCUGUUCAAUCCACUCGCUCAUCCCUCGACCCAGUUUGUGCGCGUGCCGGCUAAGCAGGAGGAAUACCUGGUCACAGAUGAGAAGGGUCACGCUGUGCCAUCGGAGCUAGUGCCCGUGCCCUGGCAAGUCCUUGCCAUACAGCAUCGCUCGAACGACACCCAGCAUGAACUGGUGUUCAAGGCAUCCGUGGAUAAGCUUGCAAGCUACUACAUACGCGUGCUGCCUACUCCGAAGACUCUGCGACGUUUCCAAACGGUGCACUCCAUGCAGCAGCAAAAGAGUAAGAUUGAGCCCAAGGAUGAAGCGGAUGAGCUAGUGGUUCAGAAUUCGCAAAUUAAGCUGAUUUUCGUCAAGAGCACAGGACAUCUGAAAACAGUCGAAAUGAAUGGAGUCUCGGAAAAUAUAGAACAGAACUUUGCGAUAUAUAAAGGUGCGUUAGGGGACAACAGCGCCUCCGAAAAGCGUUCGUCUGGUGCCUAUAUAUUCAGACCCGAUGGCGACAUUACUGUCCUCUCCGACAAGAUUGAGUACACCGUAUACGAUGGUGUUCAGGUGAAGGAGGUGCAUCAGCAGGUGAACGAGUGGAUCUCUCAAGUGAUUCGCAUCUACGAGGGCGUAAAUCGUGUGGAAUUCGAAUGGCUAGUUGGACCCAUUCCAAUUGAGGAUAAUAAUGGCAAAGAGAUUGUGACACGCUUCAAGAGUGGAAUCGCCUCCAAUGGGGUCUUCUACACCGAUUCCAAUGGACGUGAGAUGAUUAAGAGAGAGCGAAAUAAGCGAGAAUACUUCACUCCAGAUAUGUCCGAGUCGGUUAGUGGAAAUUACUAUCCAGUAACAGCUCGCAUUUCGUUGGAGGAUGAGCACAAGCGUCUCGCACUGCUCAAUGAUCGUGCUCAAGGCGGCUCCAGCUUGGCGGAUGGGCAGCUGGAGUUGAUGCUUCACCGGCGACUACUGAGGGACGAUGCCUUCGGCGUGGGCGAAGCACUGAAUGAGACACAAUACGGAACUGGCUUGAUUGCCCGCGGCAAAGUUUACCUCAUCCUCAAUGAAGCUGAGAAUAAACCCAGUGUGGCCGAACGCUUGGCUCAACAGGAAAUCCAUUUGCCCUACUGGAAGUUCUUCAGUAGCUCAAACACAGCCAGUGUUGUGAAGCCUCUGAGCAUACCCGACUUUAGUGACUUCCCCCAAUCGGUCAAUCUUCUAACCCUGGAACCCUAUUCCACGACAGAAUUCCUCGUGCGUGUGGAGAACUUCAUGGAUCACAAUGAGGGGCACACAGUCAGCUUCAAUAUUCGUCAUAUUUUCGAUGCGUUAAAUGGAAAGGAUAUACGCGAAACUACCUUGGAUGGUAAUAUGGAUUUGGCUGAUAUGAAGAGAUUCAAAUUUCAGCACGAUGGCUCUAAGCCUAAUGCAGUGGAGUAUAUCUCCGCCACAUAUGAACCAUUGCUGGCCACUGAGGCUAGCGAUGCCUCCAAAUUCAGUGUCACUCUGAAUCCCAUGCAAAUUCGCACUUUUAUUAUCACUUGGCAAUAGUUUUCGGUGUAAAUAAACAAAACUUUUAAAGAA